GCUGACUGCCUUAUGCUGUGCACAGAAAAAGGAAGAAGAGUGUCUCAUAGUUCGGAGGUUUAGAGACUACGUCUGCCCUAAGUUAACUUCUCUUGCGUUUGGUUGUGCCUGCUUUUAGCUGCCCGCACCUGUACACAGCGUGCGUCACGACGUCAAAUGAGUCUGGCAGCCCUGGUAAAGGCUCCUGGUGAAGUCCCAGGUCGAAGGAAACAAGCCUGAAAUGUCAGAUCGUUGCACUUCUGCUGGUUAUAUUGUAAUAAAGGGGAGGAAGAGAGAGGACCACGCCAUUUCAGACAACAAUGAAAGGUGGAUCUCGGAAAAUGAGAAAAGGGAAGCCUAAAAGGACGCCAACAAAGGAAGUCACCACCAGCACUGUUUUACCAGAAGAUACAAAUAAAUCAAAGGCUGUGCCUGGCAAUGCUUUUGCUUCAAGUGCCUUACCAGAGACUCCAAAAAGGAGUAGAGGACAAACAAGACAGACUCCAGAAGCCUGCUUGACCUCCACACCUGUCCACAGCUCCUCCACUGACAUCUCAAAGUUCCCCACAGCAGCCCAACAGCUGGAACUGGAAUGCACUCCGUUAAAGACACCAGAGGCAAAUUCACCCUGCUUGAAAUCAAGAUCUCAGAGCAGACUCAGGGAGAAUAAGACUUCCCAGCCUGUGAAAGUUAGAAAAAGGGUGUCAAAGGAGCAGACGUGCAGUGAUGCCAAAGGUGCACCAGCUAAGCGCCAGCGUGGCAGAACAGGAAAGACCAAAGCAGGGACUUUACAGAAGGAUAUAACCUCUAAACCAUCUGAGCGCUCAAGACCAAGAUUUGAACUGGAGAUUUCUAAUGGUGCAGAGGAAGAAAAAGACGAGGCUUUACUCUCUUCAGAUCUGUCAAUAGAGCUGAGUCACCAUGAGCAUCAGCUGUUGUCUUUGUCCAUCCAGGAAGAUGUAGAAAGUGAUGAGAUGGAGGAAGAGGAGCUUCCAAGUUUCUUGAUGCAGGGGGACAAAAAGCCACCAGCUAUUACAGAGGGAGCAUUUGUGUGGUAUAAAUUAAGAAAUUAUCCCUUCUGGCCUGCUUUGGUGAAAAGUGUGAACCGUAAGCAGAAGAAAGCCAGCAUUUUGUUCAUCGAUAACCCAAAGAUUUACGAAAGAAAGGGGUUUACCGUUCCUCUAAAAACCCUGAAGCCUUUUGAUUGUGGAGAAGCUGAAGAUCUGGUGUGCAAAGCCAAAGAAAACUAUAAUGCUGCACUUGAGUGGUCGCUGCAGCUCAUAACAGACUACAGAAUACGGCUUGCAUGUUGCUCAUUUUCUGGCUCCUUCAUUGAGUACUGUGCCCAUGAUAUGAGCUAUCCGGUGAGGAGAAAAUACCCUCAGGAUGCCUCAGAGAGAUUUACCAUCGCCAGCGAUUCGAUGUUGGAGGCUCUGGUUGAUAAGGAGGAUAGCUUUAGUGAACAGCAGGAGGAGGUCAGCAGGAUCUCAAAGAGGCUGCUGCCAGACCGGAGUCUUGCUGCCCACAACCGGGCUAAUGAGAAGCUUGUACAUUUCAUCGUAAAGCAGCGCAUGGUGGAAGCACGGCUUCUGGCUGUUGUCCAUGGGCAGCAGGAGUCCCGAUGGCUUCACUCCUUUUUGCAUGCCAAUCAGCGGAGACGAGUAGUGAAGGUAUAUCUGGAAGAUGAUCAACAGUUAGACAGUGUCUACAAGUACCUAAAUGAGCUCUAUGCAACAGCUUUGUCUACUCAGCCCCGCCUGGCUGAGUUAAAUUCCAUGGAGCGAAUCCCGUUUGUGAUGGAUGUAUUGCUUCCUGAGGCCAUCAUCUAUGCCAUAGCUGGGGUGGAAAAUGUCUCGGUGGAAAAAGCAGAGGAAAAAUACCUGAAAGGCAGAUGCAUAAGCAAAAGAGAGAGACAAGAGUUUGACUUGAGAAUUGAACGGCAGAUGGAAUCACAAAAUCAGAACACCUUGCCUGUGUUAGCCUCUAAUGCCACUGGUUAGGGGAGUUCACAGCAGAGCCUUGUUAAAUAAAGGGAACUAUUUUUGUAUUUUAGUGUUUUUCUUUUAAUAAAUGUUAAUUGUGAGUGACAGCGAUUUGGUUUGUCUUUCCCAGUUUUUUCCCCAAAUACUAAAGGAUAUACUACCAAAGUGCUGGGUUGCAUCCUGUUUGUGCCAUGCUAAGCACUCAAAAAUCAAAAAUGAUCUGAUGAACUCAUUUCAUAUAUAACUCCACUUGAUACCCCACAGACCGCCUCUGAUGUGUGAUUUGUAUGUGUGUUGUUUUUUUCUUAGAGGUUUUCAUUAGAGCUCAGCACUGAGAGAAAAAGUCUGCAUUAUGCAUUUUUGGUAUCAUGACUUUAAUUUUUUCAGAGCUCUGUGUAAGAAUUGAAAUAUGAAAGUGCCUUGGUGUAUGCAUUGUUAACAUGACACCUUGCUGUUAUUUUCUGCACUGCCUGUGUUUUUUUUCACAGCUGAUGUGUUGGGUAGUGUCAUGGUAUAGUCUGUCUUGAUGGCUAAUGUUGAGCCAAACGUUUUUUUUCUUGAUGUUUACACAUGCAGCAUCUCAAACAGCUUUAUAGACACUACAUUUUAUUUCAUCCACAAAUUUUACUUUCUUUGUUUAAUGUUUUUUAUCAGAAUAACCUGAAAUUUCAUUGAUCAUGACGUCUAACUAGGCCAUACUGAACUUGAGAUUUUGAGGUCACAAAAGCAAAAGCAUGCACAACAAUCAGAAAUAUGGCCAAAGUACAUGAAUGUCCAAAUAAAUGUAUUUUGUCACA